AUGGUGCGGCUCCAUGAAGCCAGCUCCCAGCAGUGCUGGGGCAGUGGAGUCCGUGAGCUCCUCUGGCACCACUUGAAAAGCAAGCCCACAGCAGUGAAAAGGGAAUCUCUUCUCCCUGUGAGCAGCACCUCCAAAGAGAAUGGGGUUCGUGUAGAGGAAGAUGAUCAGGACUUAUUUGCAGAUGCUACUGUAGAGUUGUCUCUAGACAGCACGCAAAACAGCCAGAAGAAGGAACUGUCCAAAGCAUCCAAUCCUGCCCCCUCGUUAGAAGUAGCUGCAAGCUCUUCUAGAAACCCUCCAAAGAGCUACGAGGAGCUGGAAGAGGAGGAACAGGAGGACAAAUUUGAGCUGACUGUAGGAGUGAGUGACCCAGAGAAAGUUGGGGAUGGCAUGAAUGCAUAUGUAGCCUACAAAGUGUCAACACAGACGAGCAUGCCAAUGUUCAGGAGCAAGCAGUUUUCAGUGAAAAGGAGGUUCAGUGACUUUCUGGGUCUCUAUGAGAAGUUGUCGGAGAAGCAUGCCCAAAAUGGGUUCAUCGUUCCUCCACCGCCUGAGAAGAGUCUCAUAGGAAUGACCAAAGUGAAAGUUGGGAAAGAAGACUCCUCCUCUGCAGAGUUCCUAGAAAAAAGACGGGCUGCUCUAGAGAGGUACCUACGGAGAGUGGUCAGCCAUCCAACAAUGCUGCAGGACCCAGACGUCAGGGAGUUCCUGGAAAAGGAGGAGCUACCAAGAGCAGUAGGCACCCAGACCCUGAGUGGAGCAGGAAUACUGAAGAUGUUCAACAAAGCUACAGAUGCUGUCAGUAAAAUGACCAUCAAGAUGAACGAAUCAGACAUUUGGUUCGAGGAGAAGCUGCAGGAGGUGGAGUGUGAGGACCAGCGGCUACGGAAGUUGCAUGCUGUCGUGGAAACUCUAGUGAACCACAGGAAAGAGCUAGCAUUGAACACAGCCCAGUUUGCAAAGAGUCUGGCCAUGCUGGGGAGCUCAGAGGACAACACGGCCCUGUCCCGGGCGCUGUCCCAGCUGGCUGAGGUGGAAGAGAAGAUUGAACAGCUGCACCAGGAACAGGCUAACAAUGACUUCUUCCUCCUGGCCGAGCUCCUGGGAGACUACAUCCGCCUUCUCUCAGUUGUAAGGGGAGCCUUUGACCAGCGCAUGAAGACCUGGCAGCGGUGGCAGGAUGCCCAGACCAUGCUGCAGAAGAAGAGGGAAAUGGAGGCCAGGCUGCUCUGGGCCAACAAACCUGACAAGCUGCAGCAGGCCAAGGAGGAGAUCUCAGAGUGGGAGUCUCGUGUGACACAGUACGAAAGGGACUUUGAGCGGAUUUCUGCUGUCAUCCGCAAGGAAGUGAUACGGUUUGAGAAAGAGAAAUCCAAGGACUUCAGAAACCACGUCACUAAGUACCUUGAGACGUUAUUAAACUCUCAGCAACAGGUGAGUAGCCCCAAGACCGGGGCCGGGAGGCUGCUAACGGCCUCCAUCGAGGAGAGGAGAGUUGGCCCAGGUUGGCUUAAUGCCCUGCUUCCUACCACAGCAUGGCUGGCUCAGUCUGCCUUGUGUCUCCUAGUCACCUCCGAGCUCCCUGGGGACAGCGGUUUCCUCAAGCACAGGACUUGCUGUUAA